AUGGCAGCCAGUAAACCAAAACAUCCACUGGGCUCUCCUCAAGAGCAUAUUGAAAUGUGUAAAACCCAUGAUUUACCUAUUGAUGUGAUAUGUGAGGACUGUGAUGAAUUUAUUUGUGGUAAAUGUGCCAAAACAGAUCAUAGAGAUCAUGAAUGGAGCACUAUACCAACGGCAGCCAGCCAAAAGAGGAGAGGUCUACUUAAUUUCCUGAAGAAGAUCAAGGAAGAGGAUCUGCCUGGGAUUGAAGAGAAGAUAGAGAAGAUGUCAAAACAGAUCACAGAAAAUGAAGAACUUUGUGACUCUGAGAUUAAAAAGCUUCAGAAGCACUAUGAUGAGAUAAUUACCAGCUUAUCAGAAAUCAAGAAACGAAAUGAACGAAGAUUGAGAGACCAUUUGAAGGAUAAAAAUGAUCAGCUGGAAAGUGUAAAAUCUGAGUUAUUCAAAAAGAGGGAAUCAAUUGCAGAGACAGUUCAGUUCAUGGAGGACAGCAAGAGUGCCAUGUCAGAUUACAGCAUGAUUGACAACCACAGAGAACUGACACAACUGUUGGCUGGCCUGGAUGUUGAUAUAAAGGGCUUUAAACAUUCAGUAAGGUAUAGUAAAGGAGAAAUCAGUGAUAAUGUUAUGGAGAAAUUAAUUGGAAAAACUCUGAACUUGAAAGAUAUCUGUUUGACUGAAACAAGCUCAUUUAAAUAUGGAGAUCAACGAAUAGUUUUUUUGAGGGCACUGAGUGAAGCUCAGUGUUACAUAAGAGAACUUGAAUCACCUUAUACUGAACAAGUAAACAAAGAAGGUGAGAAAAAACAUAAAUAUAACAUCACACCUAAUGACAUGUGUGUGACUGAUAAUGGUGAUGUUUAUUUCACUGACUUUACAAACUAUUCCAUCCGUUCACUGUCACUAUCGGGAUCUGUCUCUACAGUCAUCAGUACAAAUCCACUGGUACCAGCAGGAAUCUGUCAGUCAGUGGAUGGGGGACUACUGGUUACCUUGUUAAACAGUGUAUCAGAUCGUUACAAAUUAGAGUCACACAGCAGACGUCUUGUGAGACACAUCACAGUGACAGGUGACGUCAUCCAUGAGUAUGAGUACCAGGAGGAUGGUAAGACUAGACUGUUUACGGUGCCGUACAGAAUCACACAGAAUAGUAACAGUGAAAUCUGUGUUGUCAACCGGACAAGUGACACUACAGGUGAUCUAGUGAUUAUGUCUCCCUCUGGUCGUGUGAAGUCUGUCUACCGUGGACAGAACCUGACAGGGAACUUAGAUCUAACUAAUGUAGAGUGUGACUCGCACUGUAACAUCCUUGUUACUGACAAAGCUAGCAAAAAUAUCCAUCUGCUGAAUCCUGAUGGGGAGUUCUUGAAAUUCUUACUGACAGAGAAUGAAGUGAACAGCCCAUUCAGAUUAUCACUGUACAAGUCUACACUGUGGGUGGGAUACUAUGGUGGACUUGUCAAAGUGUUUCUGUAUAGAGUGUAA